AUGUCCCCAGCACCAACGGUUCUUGUUAUCGGUGGAGUUGGUUUUAUCGGUCGUCACGUGGUGACUUAUUUGGUCGAGAAUAAUUUGGCGUCAGAAAUAAGAGUGGUCGAUAAGGUGUUGCCACAUACUGCAUUCUUGAACGAGCGACAGAAUGAGGCUUUUAGAAAAGUCGAAAAAGAUGGAAGUUCUUUUGAUUUCGUGUUCAACCUGGCAGCCGAAACUAAAUAUUCCAUGAGCGAACGGUUUUACGAAGAACGUAUCUUUCUCCUUUCGACCCUAAAUGCAAAAGAGGCAGCAAAACGUGGUGUGAAAUGCUUUGUUGAAGUUUCUACUGCGGAAAUUUACCAGUCUGAUAAAAAACCUAGUAAGGAGGAUGCAAAAAUCAUACCAUGGACUACUAUUGCUAAAUACAAAUAUCGAGCGGAAGAAGAGCUCAAAAAGAUCCCUGGUUUAAAUCUUGUGAUUCUAAGACCUUCUAUUGUUUAUGGUAUGGGCGCCACAGCAGGACUGACACCACGUCUUGUCUGUGGUCGUGUUUACCAACACCUAAACGAAGAAAUGAGAUGUUUGUGGUCCAAAGAUUUAAAAAUUAACACGGUACAUGUCUUGGACGUGGCUCGUGCUAUCUGGCACGUGGCUGUAUGGUAUCGUGAUAACGAAAAAGCUGGAAAAGGGCCUUUUGUCUAUAAUUUAUCGGAUCCAGGAAAUACAGAUCAAGCAAAAAUAAACGGACUCAUCACUCAAAUAUUCGGAGUAAAAACUGGGUACCACGGAAGCAGCAUCGAUAAACUCGCCCAACACAAUCUUGACGGUGCCACCGACGAAGUCAACGACAAACACGCAACCCCGUGGGCAGAUCUUACUCGAGAAUCCGGAAUAAAAGCGACACCGCUUAGUACGUACGUUGACAAAGAGCUUUUGUAUAAUAAUGCACUGUCAGUUGAUGGAACAAAGAUUGUCGAGGAAACUGGGUUCACGUAUGAGGUUCCUGAAGUUACUGUUGAAAAAUUGCAGGAGAUAAUUGAUGAUUUCAAGUUGAAUGGGUUGUGGCCGAAGGAUAUGAUAUGA